AAAUGAUUGCCCAUGUGGCCGUAACUUACCGCCAGAGUUAGGAGCAGUCACACCAGCUCAGCUCCUGUCGACUGCUAAGACAAUUCAACCGUCCUUUGAACAUCAAGGAUAUCUGCGAUGCUGCCAAGCCCAGAGGACGAUUUUCUACUGGAUGAGUCGUCGGUGUUGGCGUUCCUGGCCGACUGCGAGGUGGAGAAUGAAGCUGCUGUCCAGCCAUCGAUCUCCGCUACCUCUACACCAACGCAAUGCGAUGCGUUAACACCUACCUGGUCCGAUAGCUCCAGUUCCGUCAGUUCACCUGAUAAAGCGCCAGCGAAGAAGUCAUGGCGACAGCGACGUAAGGAGGAGGUAUUGCACCUCCGUGAGGUCGUAAAGCAGCUCUCGACUGAGCUUGAACGGCUCAAAAUGGCGGCAGGAGUGCAUUCCACACUCCCAAACGCUAUCGAAACAGCACCCAAGUUUGUGCAGAGGGCACAAGCAGGCCACAAGACAGAGGCGUCGAUAAUGUGGGAGAAAAUCGCAGGGCGACAGUCGAUGCUUCGACAAAGCAGCGAAGAAGAUAACGCCAAGCUGCGUGAAGCCGUGACGCAUCAUAUACAACAAGCUAAGAGUCUGCAGCGUGCCAUUAAGAGGAAACUGAGGGAAGAUAUGAUCUCAUCGUCGCUGGAGUUCAUCAAACGGAAUCGACUGAAUACCAGAGGAAUGACCCCUCCUCUUGACAGUAAGGAGGUGUUCGACAAGCUUUUGGCUGGAAUCGACAGUGUUUACCACGGCGUGGACGAGUUCUUCGAGCAUGCAGGAAUGCACACGCUGUCAUGUCCAGGACGGAGAAAUAAUACUGCGAUAAGUAGAGUGUCCAAGGGGACAUUUGUGGAGUUUUUAGACAGCUACGCACUGCCGUUUGAUGUGCGUCAGACAACGAGUGCAAUCUGGACACCCGAAGAGGAUCGGUCGGUCAACGAUAGUCUGUGUUUCUUGCAGAGCUUCACUGCCGGGAACAACACUCAGAUGCAGAGUAUGGCGUUCGCGUUCACGAUGGAGGGGAUCGAUUUCCGCGUGGUUAUGCGGUCAGUGACGCGGAAAUAUACCGAGAAUGGCAGAACGGUGUUUAUUAAGCGGACGUUGAUUCAGCCAAUUUACGAGGAAAUGUCGAUCUCGCUUAUCGAGACGAGUCGCCAGGUCUUGAAACGUGGAGAUCUGUCAGCGCUAGGACCCACAACAGUAAUGCAGACUCACCGCGAAGCAACAAUCCACGGGGAUUUGACUAUUCUUGACGGGACAAAAUAUCCUACGCUGGAUAUUGGCGUUAAGAACUGGGAAGACAACAUCACACGCUACAACAACAGAGUAGAGGAUCAGUUAAUCCGGGCACUGAGUUAAGAAUACGGUUUUAACUCCGUCCUGUUCGCAAAGUUACUUCGAAUUACUCGUUGCAUAUUAUAGAUUGCAGUAUCAAAUAUUGUGUUCAACCUGGCGUUUACGAAGGGCAAACCCAACGAAACGUAUCGUUUGUCGUAAGCUGGCUGAUUAGUUGACUCUGAAGCCUUCAGCACAAUGUGAUUAUUCGGGGUUUCGUUCAAAAUGAUUAUCGCUCGUGUUCGCGUUCAGUCCAAACGGUUUAACCACUUCAUUCUGCGACUG